CGGCUUUCCAGAUAGCUUCCGUUACUAUUCUCUUUAACGAAUAUUAAUGGAACGAUGUUUUGAAAAAUAAUUUUGCUUGGAUCACUGCUCCCUCUCUUCUCCACAGCUAUGAAGUGGCGACCUCCGGUGACUGCGAGGGCGAGGGCCGGGGGACUAGGUGUGGCCGCCAUAGCCUACGUGGCUGUUGAUUACCUCCGGUACCUGGCUCCGGCAUGGCACUCCUGGCUAAUGCCUGCUCUCUGGUCAGUGCUCGCUCUAGUAGCCGUCGCUCGCGUCCCCUUCUACAAGCACUGGUCCAUGGAGUUCCGUUCUGUUUUGCCCUUUGUUGCUUCGAUGAUCUUCAUGCUCUCCACCUGUCUCUUUGAAGUUCUCUCUGUUCGCUCCGUGACCGCCGUUCUCGGUCUCGAUUGGCACAGUGAUACUCCUCCCCUUCCUGACACUGGCCAGUGGUUUCUCCUGGCGUUGAAUGAGAAACUUCCUCCUACGGUGGUUGAGAUACUUAGAGCGCAUAUUAUUGGAUUGCACCAUUUUUUGAUGCUGUUCAUGAUGCUGGCUUUCUCAGUAUUAUUCGACUCUGUAAAAGCUCCUGGCCUUGGGCUAGGUGCUAGGUACAUGUUCACCAUGGCAAUAGGGCGAUUUCUUCGGGCCAUAACUUUUGUAUCUACAAUUCUGCCAUCGGCCCGGCCUUGGUGUGCUUUUGCCCGCUUCAGAGUUCCUGCACACCCACAUCAUUGGGCUCAAAAAUAUUAUGUCCCUUAUGCUUCGGAUCCAGCUGCUAUUCGUCAAGUAAUAGAACGUGAUAUAGCCUAUGCUGAUGUUGGAAAUUACCUUGGUGACUUUCGUCCUGAUUGGGGUUCAAUGAGCUUCCUUAUAGACUUCCUGCGACCAACUACUACUGACGGGUCAUGGUACAAUCUGCUAAAGAAAGCUGGAGGAGGAUGCAAUGACCUCAUAUACAGUGGCCACAUUCUUGUAGCAGUACUGACUGCUAUGGCUUGGACGGAAGCUUAUGGAGGUUUCAGCUCGGCUGUCAUAUGGCUGUUUGUAUUGCACAGUGCCCAAAGGGAAAUACGGGAACGCCACCAUUACACUGUGGACUGUGUUGUGGCCAUCUAUGUGGGCAUUCUUCUGUGGAAGAUGACGGGUUUUAUCUGGUCAGCCAAGGAUGCAUCCCGAAGUAAAAGGCUGAGUAGGCUUGAUAAAAUUCAUGGUAGACUAACCCAAGCUGCAAAAGACUCAAAUAUGGAUGAGGUGAGGGAGCUUCUAAAAGAGGUCGAGAUGGGCAGCCCGGCAAGCCAUAGUAGUGGCAGGGUGAGGAGCAGGGCGAUGUGGGUAUUUGCCUGUGCAACCAUAUUCUCUGCACUUACAGUAGUUUUUCUGGCACUCACAUUGACUAGUGAUGGAUGAGGUUUGGCCAUAACUUACUGCCACGACAUCAACCUUCCACGUUGUAAUUUAACAUUAUUUGAUGUUUCAAGUUUAUUGUUAAGAGAGCUGUUUUGAGUGCGGACUCUUA